GGGAACAGCCGGGCGGAGCAGCCGGGCGGCGCCUGUUGUGAACCCGCCGGCUGGAGGAGGACCGUGGGGGCCGGCCUAGUCCCACACUGGCGGGACUUGAGAGGUAGCCGGUCGUCUGGAGUCUUGCUGCGGACUUUCUGCUGCCGCUCUCAGCCGCUUUCCGCCGGGACGCCGCCGCUCGGGAAACAUGUCCACCGUCAACUGGAAGCCGUUCGUGUUCGGCGGGCUCGCCUCUGUGACGGCGGAGUGCGGCACCUUCCCCAUCGACCUCGCCAAGACGCGGCUCCAGGUGCAAGGCCAGGUCGGGGACGUGAAGUACCGAGAGAUCCGCUACAGAGGCAUGCUCCACGCCAUGAUGAGGAUCGGACGGGAGGAGGGGCUCCGGGCUCUGUACUCGGGGAUUGCUCCGGCCAUGCUGCGGCAGGCCUCCUAUGGAACCAUUAAAAUCGGCACAUACCAGAGCUUCAAGCGACUCCUGGUUGACAGACCAGAAGAUGAAACUCUGCUGACUAAUGUGGCGUGCGGCGUUCUCUCUGGAGUCAUCUCCUCCUCCAUUGCCAACCCGACUGAUGUGUUGAAGAUCCGCAUGCAGGCUCAGGGAAGGGUGAUCCAGGGCAGUAUGAUGGGCAACUUCAUCAAUAUCUACCAAGAGGAGGGAACCAGAGGGCUGUGGAAAGUAAGCAAAGCCUUUGUGAAUAUCUUUUAUUCUUACUAUUGGAUCAAACUCAGCGGCGUCUCUCUGCUUCAGGGCGUUUCUCUGACGGCUCAGAGAGCAGCCAUCGUGGUCGGAGUGGAGCUGCCGGUCUAUGACCUGACCAAGAAGCACCUGAUCCUCUCGGGUCACAUGGGAGACACCGUCUACACACACUUCCUGUCCAGCUUUGUGUGCGGCUUGGCUGGAGCGCUGGCCUCCAACCCUGUGGACGUGGUGCGGACGCGCAUGAUGAACCAGCGCGGCGGAGCGCUGUACCAGGGAACGCUGGACUGUCUCCUGCAGACGUGGCGCUCCGAGGGCUUUAUGGCGCUCUACAAGGGCUUCUUCCCCAACUGGCUUCGUCUGGGACCGUGGAACAUCAUCUUCUUCCUCACGUACGAACAGCUGAAGAACCUCAACGUGUGAUCGGAGGAGGGACGAGUGCGAGCGUCGGGACCAAAGUCGGGAACUGCUGAAAAGUGAUGGAUCCGCGAUGGAACCAGCAGGGGGGAACAUGUGUAACAUGAGCGCCCGAGUUCAGGCGCUCGGUGAGAAUCUGCCGGAUUCCCGUCCGGGCCGAGCGUCUCCCGACGCCUGUGGCGAGUGCGGGAGUUACUGUGACACGCAAACGCUCAUCAAUGCUGUUUUCAAGUCGUUCAAAGGCUAAUUUUGGCUUUGCCACGUAUUCCGACGUCCUUCUGGCCGCUGGGACUCGCUUCACCUCCGUUACUGAAGAGAAUGUGGGGCGGCAUGCCUCUGGGAAGCUGAAUCCAGGCGUCGCCAGAAACGACUGCAGGCUUUCAGGGUCGACUCUGGAAUCGUCCUGCGCCUGAGUGCCUUGCUUCAGGCUGUUCGAUCUGCAGGACUGACUGUCAUCGUCUCCUUUUUGUAAAGAGAAUUUGUGUGCAUGUGAUGUGUCCGCACCGUUCGACAAAUAGCUUUUUUCAUAUAUAUAUAUAUAAAGAUGUUGAUUAAAUUGCAGAAUGGGCGUUCGUCGCGUUUUUACAGCUUCCUGCUGUAUUUGUGGAGCAGGAAAACUUUCUGACGCACGUUAAUAAGUAACGGUUGCAUAAACGGCCUGAAAGCAAAGCUGUGUGUAUGUAUGUGUGUGUGUGUCGUCCCUCGUAGCAGCGAGUGGAGACAGUACAUAUAACCUGAGGCAGCUGGGGGGGGGGUUCACACUCCCCACCCCCGGGUCUCCUUUAAAGCUUCAGCCUGCUGACCUUUGAACCCUGUAUUGUCCAGCCCACACACUCCAGGCUUCAGAUCGUUGUUUUACUGUGUGACGGCACGACGAGUAGCUGAACUUCACACUCUGUAUUUACACACUUUAUCUGUGAGCUCCUGUAAGGAACAAACAUGCUGGCUGAUAUGUGUGUGUGUGUGUGGAUAUGUGUGUGUGUGCGCGCGCUCUCUCACUGCUGCCAAAGUGUACGCCUUUAUUUUGUUCAAACUUGCUUUUUUUUUUUUAAUGUGAAAGCUUCU